ACAGAAUCCGCACGAGCUCAUAAUUCUCAUCACUGAUUAUAAAUAGUUUUUGAUUAUCAUCAUGAUUUUUGCAGUUGCAGAAGAGGAAAAAUGGAGGGCGAAUCUGUUAUGAAUGGUGGCGAAGGAGCUAAUAGCUAUGCUCAGAACUCAUCUCUCCAGGGAGGAAUAGUAGAAGCCGCAAGACCAGUAAUUGAAGAAGAAAUCUCCACCAAAAUAGAUGUCAAACAAAUUUCUUCCACAUUCAAGAUCGCAGAUUACGGCUGCUCAACCGGCCAUAACUCCUUUGCAGCCAUGCAUGUUAUAACUCAAGCCAUCAGUAGAAAAUUUGAUACUGAGGAACUGAGUUCCCUGACCCCGGAUUUUCACGUCUUCUUUAACGACCAAGUCUUCAAUGAUUUCAAUACUCUUUUCAAGUCACUUCCACCUAAGAGACUCUACUAUGCUGCCGGAGUGCCGGGUUCUUUUCGAGUCCGUCUGUUGCCCAAACGUUCUAUCGAUUUUGCGUAUUCUUCGUUUGCUCUUAAUUGGCUUUCCGGGGCGCCCAAGGCAGUGGCGGAGAAGACAUCUCCAGCAUGGAACAACGGGAAGAUUCACCAUUUUGGAGCACGAAAAGAAGUACUUGAAGCGUACACAAAUCAGUUUGCCGAGGAAACCAAGGCAUUCUUGGACUGCAGAGCCGAGGAGCUGAUGCCUGGAGGAUUAUUAACCAUUCUUCUCCCUGUAGUCCCAGCCUCCUGCAAUCCCGAUACCGCCUACACGGUGGACACUGAGCUUGGUGUAUUCGGUUCUUGCCUCGUGGACUUGGCAAAACAGGGAAGAUUCAGCGCGGACAAGGUAGAUUCGUUCAACUUACCAUUGUAUUUCACCAACCCGGAAGAAUUCAAGGGCAUCAUAGAGAGUAGCAACAACUACACAAUUGAAAGAAUGGAGACGCUAUACAAUCCAGGGAAGCGCGUCUUGAGCUCCGGCCCCAAAGUCCGCGCCACAAUCUUCAGAGCUGCCUUUGAGUUUAUGCUGAUAAAUCACUUUGGUGGUGAAAUAAUCGACGAACUGUUCGACCUUUAUGCGAACAAACUUGCAGCUUCAUCAGUUCUCUCAGACACUGCCAACGAUAAGACAUUCGAAAUCAUUGUCGUCCUCAAGCGCAAGCCCAGUUGAUCACGACAAUGUCUCUUUCUCUUUUGUUUGGUGCUUAUCAAUAAAUGUGAUGUUUUGCUGACGUCACAGUAAAGAAUGUCUGUAUGAUUACUAUUUUCUUUGUAAUUUGAGGUACAACCACUGUACUGCGAACCACUUUAUGUAAUUUUGGUUUCCAAGCAUAAAUGCUUUUGGAAUUAUUUACAAAACCGUCCA